AGUCAGAGCUUGAGCAAAACUUUUUUUGUGUGGCUAAGUCCAUGUUGAGAAAUAUAGCAAGAAUGCGCGGAGGACGGGGCUGCGCUUUAAAGCCACUGUAAUAUCUACAGUAGGCUGUUGGUAAAAAAAAGAGGACACUUUUUUUGUUUCUGCUAUUGGCGAUGAGACUGAAGCCCCCCGGGCAAGGACUAUGAGCGACAACGACAUCUUCGAGAUGGACUCCGUGUGUGAGACAGAGGAGCUGGAGGGUGAAAUUGAAUUGGGUAUGAUAGACGACGAAGUUGUUUAUCCUGAGGAGUUUUUACCAACCUAUCACAGUAUUGAAGAAGGAGUAAAAGUCAGCAAAGUACAACUGGCAGAGUUUAACGACAAACCCGACUCCUUGUUCUUCAAUGACGGCGUGAGGAGGAUCGACUUCAUCCUGGCCUACGAAGAUGAGGAUAAGAAGGAUUUUGAUAAGAGGCACACUUUCAUGCGGCGCAAGAGGCGGCGAGAAUACUUUGAGGCCAGCCUGAUGAAGAUGGGAAUGGAGCUGGAGGCGACAAAAUCUGUAGUAGAUGACAAACUUACAUUUGUGAAGAUCCACAUGCCGUGGGACGUGCUGUGCACCUACGCCGAGGUGCUGCACAUCAAGCUUCCCAUCCAGCCCAACGACCUGUCCUCCCGCGCCUCCCCGUGGCGCUUUUUCUCCUGCAUCACCAAGCACUUCUACCCCAACGAGGACCUGAUCACCAAGGAGACGGAGUAUUUCACCGCCCCCUUUGAGAAGGACCGUCUGGAGUACUUCUACAUGAGGGACAAAGAUCUCUUCUUCACUGCGUCCAUGAGGAGCAGGAUGGCAUAUUACAUCCUGAGUCGUGCCCCCUAUGAAAUUCGAGGGAACAUAAAGAAGUUUGGCAUCACCAAACUGCUGGAUGGUGGAGUGUACAAAGCUGCCUAUCCCCUCCAUGAUUGCAGGUUCAACGUCAAGUCCCAAGAGGAGGGCUGCCCCAGCGAGAGAUACCUGCUCUAUGAAGAAUGGGCUCAUCCCAAAAGCUUCUACAAGAUGCAACCGCUAAACCUCAUUAGGAAGUAUUAUGGAGAGAAGAUUGGCAUUUACUUUGCCUGGUUGGGUUUCUACACAAUAAUGCUUGCUCUGGCUGCUGUUGUGGGACUGUGCUGUUUCAUCUAUGGAUACAGGACUCAAGAAACCAGCACCUGGAGCAAAGAGGUGUGCGACCCUAACAUUGGAGGACAAAUUCACAUGUGUCCACAGUGUGACAGAGAUUGCCAGUACUGGAGGUUGAACAGCACCUGUGACGCUUCCAAAAAACUUUGUAUAUUUGACAACUUUGGGACCCUGGUGUUUGCAGUUUUCAUGUCAAUCUGGGUGACUUUGUUCCUGGAGUUUUGGAAGCGCUACCAGGCGGAGCUGGAGUACACGUGGGACACUGUGGAGUUUCUGGAGCAGGAAGAGCCGCCUCGCCCCGAAUAUGAAGCCAAGUGUGUCUAUGAGAGGAAAAACCCUGUGACAGGGGUAAAAGAAAGCGUGCCCUAUACAGCCUGUGGACGAUGUAUGAGGGUGUCGAUAGGAAUUGGGACAGUCUUAUUCUGGAUUCUGUUGAUCCUGGCGUCCAUUGUGGCCAUCAUCGUGUACCGCCUGGCUGCAUUCUUUGCCUUCUCAGCUAAACUCAGACAUCAAGAACUGAAGGAGCUGGAGCCCAUAAAAGAGUAUGUGACGCCUCAGAUGGCCACUUCUGUCACAGCCUCCCUCAUCAGCUUUGUUGUAAUCAUGAUCCUCAACAUGCUCUAUGAGCGGGUCGCCAUCUGGAUCACUGAUUUUGAGCUUCCACGGACCAAGACAGACUACGAGAAUAGCCUGACCCUGAAGAUGUUCCUCUUUCAGUUCGUCAACUAUUACUCCUCCUGUUUCUACAUCGCCUUCGCCAAGGGGAAGGCAGUUGGCUAUCCCGGUGCUCCUGUUUAUCUGUUGGGAAAAUACAGGAAUGAGGAGUGUGAUCCCGGUGGCUGUCUGAUUGAACUGACGACUCAGCUCUCUAUCAUCAUGGGUGGAAAAGCAAUCUGGAACAACAUCCAAGAGGUCUUGCUACCGUGGGUGAAGAAUUUGAUUUUCCGCUAUUGCACCAAUGUGGCCAAAGAGAAGGUGAUUCCUCGCUGGGAGCAGGACUACCGGCUCCAGUCCCUUUCAAAACUAGGACUGUUCUAUGAAUAUCUGGAGAUGGUCAUCCAGUUUGGCUUUGUGACCCUGUUUGUGGCCUCGUUCCCUCUGGCUCCCGUCCUGGCUCUGGUCAACAACCUGUUUGAGAUUCGGGUCGAUGCUUGGAAAAUCACCACUCAGUUUCGUCGCAUCGUGCCAGAAAAAGCGCAGGAUAUCGGGGCCUGGCAGCCCAUUCUUCAAGGCGUCGCCAUAUUGGCUGUCGCAACAAAUGCCAUGAUCAUUGCUUUUACAUCCGACAUGAUUCCACGGUUGGUCUACUACUGGUCGUUCUCUGUGUACCCAUAUGGAGAUCACGCUAACCACACCAUGGCGGGUUACAUCGAAAGCUCGCUGUCUGUAUUUGACAUCAAGGACUUCUCCAACUAUAGCAGGCCCAUAAUGCCAUCACGUUACAACAUCACCACCUGCAGGUAUCGAGAUUUCCGGUUCCCUCCCGGGCAUGCCAGGGAGUACUCAUACAAUGUUUACUACUGGCAUGUGAUUGCUGCCAAAAUGGCUUUUAUAAUUGUUGUCGAGCACAUUGUUUACCUCACGAAGUUCAUCCUAUCCUACAUGAUCCCAGACGUCCCGUACGCUGUGAAAGAACAGAUCAAACGAGAGAAAUACUUGACCCAGGUUAUCAUCCAUGAGACCAACCUCAAGCUGGUGACCAAACGUUUGAAACCAGCCGACGACGAGGUCGUCAAGAGCGCAAAUGUGAACCUGACAGAUGAGGAGUUGGAUCUUGAUUUCUGAAAAUAAAAGAAGCGAUCAGGGCAUACAGAACAAACUGUAUAUACAUGACGACCCAGUUUUCAGCAGCACCUACCCACAUCUGUUUAAAUACUGACAGAUUCCUGUGAACAAGGGGCAAAAUUAAGACCUGGAACAAGGUAUUGACUUUUUGUUACGGUAAAUGUGUAGCAAGCAGGAAGAAAGAAGACGUCUGGAGGGCUGUUGGACAAAGAAGAGAAGAGAAACCACUGUUGUAUCGUGUUCACCCCUGCAAAAGUGUGUCAAAGGAAAAAGAACAGAGCAUCUGUUCUCUAUCACCCUCUAACUAUAGCUGACAGUACACAAACUACGUGGGACAAACAAGUAAAAUGGCCGUCUGUUGCACCUCCUGAUCUAGAGUAUGGAAUUUUAAUCUAUUUAGAUUUAGGUUUUAACAAUUUUAAACAACAAAAUAUAUCCCUAAACUUAAAGCCACACAGAGUAGAAGUUCCCUAAAACACAAUGUGUCGUCUCAUACAAAAGUUAUCCCUUUCAUUCAUAACUAAUGGCCCACUAGAACUGUGUAUGUAUCAGCAGAAAUCUGCCCUCUGCUUAUAUUUUCUCUUUGCUUUUAAUGAUGUUUUGGCACUGGGUGUGUAUCCCCAGGCAAUAGUGAGUGCUGGAUGUAGCAACAAGGUAUAAGAUGUUAGCACAUAUCUAACAGGAAGUUACCAAAAUGGCACAUACACCGCCUAAAAGAGAAAAUAUAGAGAGGCUAAAGGGGGCAUGCACUCCAGGUGUCAUCCAGCUGGGGAAGAGGGGCCAACUUUUAAUGUUGUGUUAUAAACCUCAGUGGAUAAAUCCUACUGGGUCCACUCCACGCCAUUACCAUGUCAGUGUACGCCUGUGGUGUGCGAGUCACAAUUUUAAAAGGCGUUCUAGCCAGCAAAUAUGUAGAAUGCCCCGCUCAAUUCAAGCAGCAAAAAUGACGUUUAUGCGUUCCCUCAACCACAUGGCUGAUACAAACACAAUAUAGUAGUAAAAUACUUUAUGCUAUUACAACUGAAUGAGCAAACACCAUAAAGUGUACUUAAUAUACAGCAGAGAAGUCAGCAGGGUUCUUUCUUUUUCUCUGUGGCAUCGUUAUCUCAUCAAUGACACAUUGGACCUCGAUCCCUCUGAGAAAGCCACGCUUCAUUUAUCACCUCCAUUUCAUACUCAAAAACUCAGAUAUAAAGAUGCUUAUUAAGCUAAAUGACCUCCUGGAUGUUUUAUACAUUCUUUGGUUUGGAUGUUACAGCAAAGAGAAGCAGCAGCACUUUGAAUCUUCACACCAACCAUGUGGUGGAUUAAGCAUGAAAAACAAACAAAACAAAACAUCCGCUUACCUGUUUUUUUCCCCCCGACAGCUUUCAGCUGUAUCAAAUGGUCUUCAUCAGCAAAUGGGAAUUUAUUCAAUUAUAAUGGAGAUAUGAGCUCAGUAGGACUCCUCCUCCGUACUGGUCUAAAAUGUACGAUAUAGUAUGAAAAAGUGUGGAGACUUUGAGUUGGGAUUUGUUUUUGUCAAAACAUGAUGAUGACAUGAUGAAUAUUUUUUAUCCAGAUUGUCUUUCAGUUUUAUAACUAAGGCUAUAGCAGCACUGCAGUGCCCCACUCCGUCCACAGAGCUCCAUGCUGGGGGCUCAAAGCUUUCACACACAUUACCAACAAGUGCCAGAGCAUGGUUUAGUGAUGUCAUGAAAUAUCAGUAUUACAAUACACAAAAAGUGUACCACUUUUAAAUGCAAUGUUGAAGUUUUUUUAUGCUUCCAUUUCUGUUACUAGAACUAAGGAGCUGAGGUGAUCUGUGGAACAGCCCAUGAUGUUACACAGUGAUGAGUUAGAAUAGACUUAUGCACAUAUACUGACAAAAUGUGCCUUUACCUCUGGAAGCCUUUCAGAUGUUUCAGAAAUCAUUGUUUGGAGGGGAUUCGAUCACAGUACAGCUAAUGCACAAAGGAAAUUUACAGUAUUUGGCUAUUCAAAAGUGACAAUGUAAAGGUUGGUUGUAUGCAACGUUACAAACCACAAGAAUGAAACAGGAAGCUCUUACCCAUACAACACAUGCAGUUGACUUUAACCUAUAUUUUAACUUGAAAGAAUGAGUUGCAGCCUUGUGAUGUGCUUCACAUUUACAGUAAUGUUUUGCACUUUUUAAUUCAGAGUUCCAGUUCUGCCAUGACCACUGCACUGCACAUUUUGAUCGCAUGUUUUACAGUACUUCAGUCUUCUCCUGUGUUAUUGCCAAAAUCUUUGAUCAAUACCUCUGCUGUAUUAUUGCCUCGCCUUUAAACAAUGGUACUAUAACCACUAUGUAUGUAAACAGUAUCAUAUACCAGCAAUAUCUGAUAAUGCAUACCUAUCAUUUCUUUUUGUUUUAUAUUGUCUGUGCCAUGAAAUUGUUUUAUAAAAAAGUUUCCCUUGUGUAUAUUAACUCUUACUUAAAAGACUACUUAAAAGAC